ACCGGGCCACCAUUCAUUUGGAAAAUUCAAUCCGUUGCCAUUUAACUUAUUGUUAUAUUAAUCCUUUCGGCAUGACAGCUGCCUUGCUUUCGCAGCGCUUGCUGCUACGUUCAUCUCUCACAUCUACCCGAUUUUUAUCUUGCACUCGCCCCCGCCCAUGCAUGAUCAUACCCAAGGUUUCGUUGCAGCCUAGACCCAUUGCUAGUCGGUUGUGGAUGUCGACGAAAGCUGCCACCGAAGCCAUCGAAAAGAAGGCUGCGGCGGACGCUACUGCUGCUGCUGCUGCCAAAGAGAAAAAAGCAGAUUCUCAAGCUGUUCGCCGUUUACUGCAGUUAGCCAAACCAGAAGCAAAGAAUAUCAGCGCUGCUAUUGCCUUACUCGUGAUAUCCUCUGGAAUUACCAUGUCCGUGCCAUUUUCCAUGGGCAAAAUUAUCGACUUGGUCACAAGGCCCGAUGUAAAUGAGUUCGCUGGUCUAACCAUGCCGCAAUUUUUUGCUGUCAUCUCGGGUAUCUUUGUGAUUGGUGGUGUGGCCAACAUGGGUCGAGUGAUGCUUUUCAGAAUAUCAGGAGAGCGUAUCAUUCAACGUUUAAGAAACAAUCUGUAUGGCAGCAUUCUCAGACAAGACAUGUCCUUCUUUGACAAGAACCGAAGUGGCGAAUUGAUAUCUCGUUUGGCUGUUGAUACUGCUGUUGUUGGCAAGAGUAUUACGAAUAACAUCAGUGAUGGACUUCGCGCUAUCGCCACUGCAACCGUUGGUUCAACCAUGAUGUUUUAUGUCAGCCCUCACCUCACGGGUAUCAUGCUUCUCGUUGUACCACCUGUAGCUGGAUUCGCCAUCUUGUACGGUCGAUAUGUAAAGACGCUGUCGAGACAAACACAAACUGCUCUAAGUGAGAUCACCAAGGUUGCUGAGGAGCGUAUUGGCAACAUUCGCACUGUGCAAGCCUUUGCCAAAGAGCCCACUGAAGCUAACCGCUACUCGUUAAGGGUACAAGAUGUUUACAGCUUGGCGAAGAAAGAGGCGCUUGCUAGUGGUGUCUUUUUCGGUGGAGCAGGAUUGUCGGGCAACAUGGCCAUUCUUGCUGUGCUUUGGUAUGGUGGCCAUUUGGUAAUGGAAAAUGCCAUCACGGUUGGUGACUUGGCCUCCUUUAUGCUGUAUACUGCUUACGUUGGAUCUUCCUUGGGAGGAUUGACUUCGUUCUACUCUGAAAUUAUGAAAGGCAUUGGUGCAUCGUCUCGACUUUUCGAACUCCUCGAUAGAAAGCCCAUGAUUACUACUGAAUCUGGAUUGGCCAACUUUGAUGUCCAAAAAUCCAUCCGCUUUGAGAACAUUGAUUUCACUUAUCCGGCUAGACCCCAUUCACCCAUCUUUAGCAAUAUGUCACUCACGGUUGAUCCAGGAACAGUUAUUGCUGUGGUCGGACCUUCUGGAUCUGGAAAAUCAACCAUUGGUUCUCUCCUCCUCCGUUACUACGACCCUAAUGGCGGUACCAUCCAUAUUGGAGACCACAACAUCAAGGAUAUCAACACACGAUGGUGGCGUGAGCAAGUCGGCUUGGUGUCGCAAGAACCCGUGCUCUUCGCUGGUACGAUUGCGGACAAUAUCGCCUACGGUGUUGAGAAUGCCACUAUUGAACAAGUCAAGGAAGCGGCUGUUAAAGCGAAUUGCGCCUCGUUCAUUGAACGAUUCCACGAUGGAUAUGAGACGUUUGUCGGCGAGCGUGGCAUCAGCUUGAGCGGCGGUCAAAAGCAACGUAUCGCUAUCGCAAGAGCUCUGCUGAAAAACCCAGCUGUUUUGAUUUUAGACGAAGCAACCAGUGCAUUGGAUGCUGAAUCAGAGGCAUUGGUUCAAGACGCUUUGAACCAUCUUAUGAAGGGCCGAACCGUAUUCACCAUUGCACAUCGUAUCUCGACCAUUCGCUCGGCUGACCUUGUUGCUUGUCUCGACGGCGGUCGUAUUGCUGAAUUGGGCACCUAUGAUGACCUUUUGUCACGCGAGAAUGGAGUAUUCAAGCGCUUGAUGGAGCACCAAACUAUGGUUCAACCCAGACCUAUCGCAUCUACCACCGAAUGGGCGGAAGACGAGCAGGAAAAGACCUGGAAAAAGGAAGAAGCGUAUUAGACUGUUACAUUUAGAAACCCUCUCCCCUCUCUAUGUUUAGACAUAAAAAUUGUAUAUUAUUAUUUUGAGCGAGUCAUUGUCUUGCCUUUCGGAGUUGCUCAGAAACCGGCCGGAAUGCGUGCCGUGAGCCAAAACACAG